CACCAAUCUUACAGUACCCUGACUUUGAAAUACCCUUUACUUUAUAUACUAAUGCUUCAAAGAAAGGAUUAGGUGCUGUACUAUCUCAAAAGAAAGAUGGAAAAAAAUAUGUUAUUGCAUAUGUUAGCAGAUUGACUAACAAAACUGAGGAAAAUUAUCCCAUCACUGACUUAGAGUGUCUAGCAAUUAUUUGGUCAAUAAAGCAUAUUCAUCACUAUCUUAGUCGACCAUUCACCAUUGUAACUGAUCAUGCUGCUAUAAAAUGGCUGAAAACCUCAAAAAUGCCAAAAGGGAGACGUGCUAGAUGGAUUAUAGAAUUACAACAAUACCAUUUUAAUAUAGAACAUAGAGCAGGAAAACAUAAUGCAAAUGCAGAUGCAUUGUCUUGCAUUAUAGAAAUAGAGGAGGAAUCCCUCUUGCUCAACUAUGUGAAAAAACAAUUAGAUCAGCUGCCAAUUAUUCGUAAUAUGGUUCAACAAAAUUUGCAAAAAGAACAACAAAAACAGAAAGAUCAAUAUGAUGAAAAAUUAAAGAAAAUUGUGUCAUACCAAAUAGGUGAUCUA